UGUGACGACGCGCAGCGGCCUCUCCUCUCCGCCUCUUGUCGGUCCUUCCUUCCCAGGGUUCAAUGAGCGCCGUGUGGCCCCACCCCGCGUCUCUUCAGCGCCGUCUGCCUCUUCAGUGUAGCCUACUAUUCUCGGAGGAAGAGAAAGGGAGAAAAUAAUAAUAACAACCCCCGAAGACUCGCUUCUUGGGACCGCGUUUCACCUUCCCCGUCCAGCGCGCACCCCCCCCCCCCGGAGAGGAGCGGCCUUUCACGGUGGGAAUGUGCUGCUACAAGAGCCCCGCGUCCUAUUUUUUCUGAAUGUAAAUGCACAUGUAAGAGUGUCAAGCCUGUGGCGUGUUUACCCUCCUCGGAUUCAAAGGGGGGUUGGGGGAGGACGAUCUGUAAAUAUCUGUUUGUGUGACAGUCUGUAGGUGUGUAAACAUUUAGAGGCCGUGUAAAAACUGAAGCCUGACAGCGGGGGUUGAUUUUUUUUUUUUUUUUUUUCACCUGCAAGAAACGUGGAUGCAUUUCGAAGGAUUCUCGGAUCUUGGUCACGUUUUUCCUCUUUCUUGUCUUUAACCCACCCUUUUUCUGAAAUCGGGGUUUUCUCAUUGGGGGAUUCAUCUGGGAUCUCAAAAAAUAAACAGUAUAUCGGUGCGCAGUUUUAGAGACUCGGCGGUGAUGUGAAGGACUGAUAACACAUUUCUGCAACAAAAGAGAGGGAGGGAGAGAGAAAGAGAGAGAGAGAAGGCCCUUUGGAGGAGAAAAUACAGCAAGGAACAGCCAUCAUAAAUAAGGAGGACAAAUUUGGGGGUCUCGUUUCGGAGUGAGAGGUGGCGACGGAAAGACAACCGCAGCGAGUUGGGAGCUCGAUUUGAUAAGGAGCCGGAUGACGACGGAAGGAAGAAGAAUAUCAUACAUGUAGCUCGUUUGGGUCUACAUAUUAUUUCCCUUCCUGCUGCUCUACUAGGCGACGCGGAGACGAGCAGCGCCUCAGCCCGGCCGAGCCUUUCGGACGCGCCGAGUUCAGCUCCUUGUCACGGGCAGCAGUGAGACGCAAGACCCCGGCUUUCGGAGAUGCAAAUUAGGCUCUUUUCGCUGCCUCCUUUCGAGGUGAAAUCUCGCUCUUUGGCGUCGUAACGGAGGCUGUGGAUUAUAAUUACCCACCAAUUUGUCGAGGGGGGGAGUUAAUAAGAAGAAAAACAAACGCUAAAGUGAAUGUAAGGAGGGGUGGGGGAGGAAAAAGGAGGAUUGAAAGCUAACUGAGAAGGCGGCCUCCGUGUCGUCAGCAGCAGUAUCCUGCCCUUUUUCUGACAGCAAAAUACGCUUUAUGCAGACAUUACCUAUCCAAGAAUUAAACCACGGACAGUUUUCAGAACUAUAGCUGCGUAAAUGUGUGUUACAUUGUUGCCAAAUCCGAGGGUCAAGCGAGGGACCUAGACAAUUUUUGCUUAUUUAUUUUCGUUUCUACAUACUCCCCCCUCCCUCCACUUCUACUUCUUCCACUCCUCUUCCUCCUCCUCCCUGGACCCCCAUUUUUUUCUUUUUUUUGUCUUGCGGGAAGAUGGGUUGUUUGGGCAACAGUAAGACCGAAGACCAGAGAAAUGAGGAGAAGGCACAAAGAGAAGCAAACAAAAAGAUUGAGAAGCAGCUCCAAAAGGACAAACAAAUCUACAGAGCAACACACAGACUACUACUUUUAGGAGCUGGCGAGUCAGGAAAGAGCACCAUCGUGAAACAGAUGAGGAUCCUACAUGUCAACGGCUUCAAUGCAGAAGAAAAGAAGCAGAAAAUUCAGGACAUCAAGAACAAUAUUAAGGAGGCUAUUGAGACCAUAGUAACAGCCAUGAGCACACUGACGCCACCAGUGCAGCUGGCCUGUCCAGAGAACCAGUACAGGAUCGAAUAUGUUCUCAACCUCGUCAACCAGAAAGACUUUGACUUUCCAUCGGAGUUUUACUAUCACGCAAAGACGUUGUGGCAGGAUGACGGCGUCCGGGCGUGCUUUGAGAGAUCCAACGAGUAUCAGCUAAUCGACUGCGCACAAUACUUUCUAGACAAGAUCGAGAUUGUGAAACAGAAUGACUACACUCCAACAGAUCAGGAUUUGCUUCGAUGCAGAGUUUUGACUUCUGGGAUCUUCGAAACAAGAUUUCAAGUAGACAAAGUCAAUUUCCAUAUGUUCGAUGUUGGAGGUCAGAGAGACGAGCGCAGGAAAUGGAUUCAGUGCUUUAAUGAUGUGACGGCCAUCAUCUUUGUAGUGGCCAGUAGCAGUUACAACAUGGUGAUCAGAGAGGACAAUCAGACCAAUCGACUACAAGAGGCCCUCAACCUCUUCAAGAACAUCUGGAACAACAGGUGGCUGCGGACCAUUUCUGUCAUUUUGUUCCUAAAUAAACAGGACCUGCUCGCGGAGAAAGUACUCGCAGGGAAAUCUAAAAUCGAGGAAUACUUCCCUGAAUUUGCUCGCUACACUACACCUGAUGACGCGACACCAGAACCUGGAGAAGAUCCUCGUGUUACAAGAGCAAAGUACUUCAUAAGAGAUGAGUUCCUAAGGAUCAGCACAGCGAGCGCGGACGGGAGGCACUACUGCUACCCCCACUUCACCUGCGCCGUCGACACGGAAAACAUCCGCAGGGUCUUCAACGACUGUCGAGACAUCAUCCAGCGGAUGCACCUGCGGCAGUACGAGCUGUUGUGAUGGGAACGCCAAAAAACACCGUCUCCAUUUAAAAACAGGAAAGAAAGAAAGAAAAAAAAAAAGACACUGAACACUGGGUCUCUGAACUCCCCUCUUCCACCGAUGUGUGUUAGUGCCUGCUGCAAAAAAAUGAGGCCAAAGUACACACACGCACACACACACACCCACCCGUGCAGUAAACACACCAUAAACCCAGAGCUUACCCCUGAUGCAACGUCCCCAUGGGAUGUGGGAUUUGAUGAAGGGGUUUCAAGGGAUGAAAAGAGAAGUAAAAUAAAGACUCAAACCUCCAGCUUCAGCCAUAUUCUGAGCUCCUCACCGUUUUUUUGUUGUUUGUUUUGUUUUUUUUUGUUGUUUUUUUUUUAAAGUCAAGUAUUGUCCCCCGUCACCCUCCUGAGAGCGGCCUAGUCUGGACAGCUUAGAGAUUUUGUUACAUCUGCGUCGACAAAAACCAAGAGAGCUAAAAAAGAAAAAGAAAAAAAAUGUCUGGGAAGAGAACUGUUGAAAUACUGCAAAUAGAGAAUAAAUGUGUCACCAAUAGAUCAGCAGAACACUGUAUCUAAUGAGAUAAAUAAAAAAAAAAGAAAACUAAAUGGAAUUUAAAAAAACAAACAAACAAAAAAAAACUUUAAGAAAACACACACACAAGCACUGUGCUCAGGACUUAACUUGAACCGUGUAACACCAAACCUUCCCGUCGCUCACAGACAUCUUGGGAUCCGGCUCAUCGGUCCUGCUUUCUGGACAGCAAGCCCUCAGGAAGGCGGAUCCUCCGUUCUGUCCUCAGGCCGCUGGGCUCUGUCGAGGUGCCAACUCCUUCAUCCCGAGUGAGCUUUUGAGUUUUAAACGAUCGACUAGAACAGACGCUCGGGAAGGAGACGGGCGGCUGGGGAAGGAGCUGUUGAUGAGACGACGCCGGGCUCAGGGCUCGCUGACUCUUUCGGAGCCGUUUCGCCACUCGACUCUGCCUCGUCGGCAGCGGAGCCAAACUAAGGAGAACAUGUUGAAUUUAAGAGAGAGAGAGAGAAAAAAGAGAAACAACAAAAUAUUGCCAACUUUUGUGGAAUCAAAGAGGAUGAGGCUGCAUCCUCCAAACAGUACAGUGCCGUAUAAAUUAACAAGAACUCUCAUCCUGUUUUACUGUCUCCACAGCUGUUUUUGUCUGUGUAGACUUAGUGCCAUUGUGCCCUGUGUGCUCAUUCUUUAUCUGUUUUGCCUACUCUCUUUUCUUUUUUUUUUGUUUGUUUCUCACCCCCUCUUUUGCUCCUCACCUCUUCCCAUUUGCACCUUUCUCAAAGUGUUUUUUGUUUUAAGUGAAAACUGAAAUGUUACAACAACCCAGAACUUUGGAAAAAGAAGACAGCAAACUCCCCCUGCCCUCCCUUUCACCCUGUUUUUUUUGUUUUUUUGUAUUCAUGUGGUUCAACGCCCCGCCCGCCCGCCCGGCGCCUCCCUGCCAUUCCUCUCCCAUCAUUCCUCCCGCUCACCUCCUGCUUCUUUGUACGUGCGUCUUUACUUUACUGCUGAACUAUUAUUCUUGUACAGACUGUAAAAUGUAUUAUUUUGUACAACUUUAUUGAAGAAAAAAGAAAAAAACAAGAAUUAACUUUUAGAAGAUCCCUGUGCCUUGAUCACGACUAUACGUGUGUAAUGAGCUAAAGUGGGUGUCAUACUGCGCUGUAUAGCUUGGCCAAUCCUCCUCCUGACUCCUCACCAUCCUCGCUUUUCUCUCCCCCUCGUCUUUCUUUAAAACCGCCCCUUUCCGUAUCUUCCCCAUCUUGCUCUCUCUGUCCUCGCUUUUCCUCCUCAGAGACGACAAAAAAACCAUGUGUAGCUUUUGUAGUUUUUUUUUGUUUUGUUUAGUUCUUUUCUUCUUCUUCUGACCCCGCCGCCCCCCUUCCCCUCUUUCUCUCCUUCCCACCCCCCCCCCCCCCCCCCAGUUCCCCCGUUAUGAUUUAAAUGUCUAUUUUUGGAUCCAUAUACCCCAAAAAGAUAAAUAUAUGAAAUGUAUAUGGGUUUAAAAAAAAUAAAAGUAUUUUAUUAGAAUCAAAUGAACCUUGACAAAUUGUACACUUGAUAGUGUGCGUAUUGCUAUAACUUAAAUCCUUUCAACUGAA